ACACUUAUAUAGUCUUAUUAACACUUUGCAGUGUUAAUUAGGAUCUUCUAAAGAACGAAGGACCUUCAUAUAAAGUGUUACCGUCAUUUGAAUACCUUGUCAUGGAGAAGAUGCUACGAUCCUCAGAUUUCUGUCUGAUUCGGUCUUGGUAUUGCCUGCAUGCUCUGUAUGUCCUUUGUGUGUUCCCUUAGUCUUGUCCGGAUUGUUUUCCCCAGCACACCUGCCUUGCUUUUGCCUUGUUAGUCCUUCCCCCUCAUUCGUUCUUCCCCCUCAUACCAUUGUAAUUUGGUAGAAAUUGUACAAUACUGUAAAAUGUCAUACUUUCACUUCCCUUGUCCAUUGUUUCAACCAGAUUGUCGUAUCAUCUGUUUGCCUGCCAAUCUUCAUGGUAUCUGCCAUUUUAGCUGGACUUAUCUGUACACCUGCUUACAGCUGCAUCAGUGAAGACUUUGCAACUACGUCAUUUCCUCUGACGUCUGUAUUUGGGUCCACCUGCCAACUCACUAAUAGGGCAAGUUGUUACACCUUGAACCCGAGUGAGUAAAAAUUUGACCUUGUUGGGUUUUUUUUAAUCAUUAUAUAUUCAUAGUUUUACAUAUGAGCUAGUUUAAAGUUUAAGAGGGGACCAGUAGUCUAAUGAUUUUGUCAUCCUACAGUCACUCUGAAACAAAGAAAUGAAUAUCAUCACAGAACUUCUGACUCCAGUCCCAAGAGAAACACAUCCUAUAGUACAGUGUAUUAUCAACAACAAACUCAGUGACCUUCGGUGGUUUCUAGAGGACAAUGACAUUAAUGGAGUUUACCCAUUCCAUGAGUGUGAAGAUGUUGUGCCCCCCUUGACUGCUGCUGUCUCAUGUCACAACGAAGAUAUCUUUGCUUUCUUGCUGCAUUAUGGUGCAAAUCCAAACAAGACUUCUGGAAAGGGCCUUACUCCUUUGCAUUAUGUCUCACUUACCAAAGCUCCCCUAGUUUUUGUGAAGAGGUUGCUUGAUGCAGGAGCUAAUCCAAAUGGAUGUGGCCAAAUCUUAUGGACACCACUACAUGUUGCUGCCCAUAGCAACAGAGAUGAUGUGAUGAAAGAACUAAUCUCUGCAGGUGCAAUCAUAGGCAUUAUUCCAUCUGCCUUCAUGGAUCCGGAUAGUAAACGUAUUAAUAAAACAAUAUCUGAAAUUAUACAUAAGCUUGCAUCAAAUGGUAAUGCGUUUUGUUCCAAAGUAAAAUACUUUGUUGACGCCCAAAUCGCUCUACAAGAGAAAACACCUGAAGAAGUUUUCAAACUUAAUGAGAGUCACUUGCUUAAAGAGGAUCCUCGAAACCAUCUGACCAUGAUUGAGGUACUCUUCAAUGUUAUUGGGCCAUAUGAAGAAAAUUAUCGUCAACAAUGUAUUAAAUGGCUGAAAGACACAGGAAAUCUCAUCCCCUAUGCUGCAGAUGCAGUCAAACGCUUUCCAAACAUUCCCCAGGAAUUUUUAUAUGAGUCAGUUGAAUGUGCACAUGCAGUUUUCUGCACUGUGAAGGACAUACCAAAUGAGACGACAUUAGAUAUGAUCCCCCAACUACUGAAUCUACUUUCGUCAAGAAAAAAUCCAAAUACACCAAAAGCUAUUCUAGCAGCACUCUAUAUGAUUAUUCAGAAAACAAAAGUCAAAAGUGGCUGGAAGCGGAAACUCGUUGAGAAAUUAUGCACAACAGUUGCUCCUUUUGUGCAGAAGGAUCAUCCCUCUGAUGUGAGAGUGUACACAUUUGGCAUCCUUGCAAGCCUGCUUUCAUUUGAAUAUGUGGCUGACAUCUUGACAUCAGAGAGAAUAACAUCAGUGCCUGAAGAUAUACUUACAUCUGCAGAAAUGCAAAUGAAUGACAACCUGAAAAAAAUGCUUCAAAGACUGCAAAAUCAUUUCAACAAACUCACUUGUGAAGAAUCUACACCAAACUGUAAUGAUUUACCAGGAUCCAUGAAAAAGAAGAAGAAAAAGAAAAAAAAGUCAGAGCAGCAAGAGGAGCAAAAUGAUGAAGUUUGCCCUUCCACAAAUGCUCAAACAUCAGAUCCUAUUAUGGAAUCUGUCCAAAGUUCAAAUGCUAAGCCAUUCAACACCAACACUGAUGCAUCGCUGAAAUCACAGAAAUGGCUACAAAUCAGCAAGAGAUGGAGAGAAAAAUUACAGAAGCUUGUUAACUCUGAUGAAAGUAAAGUAACCAGAGUUGGAAGCCUGAUGUAUGUGAAAGAUGAGGAAUUCCACAUAGCAAAGGGAAGUGAUGGGACAGAGGUCUUCUUGGGGCUGAGAGAUGACGGCACUGAAGUCGCAGUCAAGAGAAUGUCCAAAUUAAGCUAUCGGGUCCUGAAGAAUGAAGAAAAUUUCUUACGGCUUCCAGAGCUCGAUCACCCGUCCAUUGUGCGUUACGUUGACUUUGCAGAGGAUGAGAACUUUGGAUACCUUAUUCUUCAGCUGUGUGAAUACACCCUGGAAGAGCACAUCACAAAUGAAAAAAACAUUCUCCCUGAAAAGAAGAGAGAACUUAUGCAUCAGGUUCUCGAUAGUUUGAGGGUGCUUCAUUGUCAGAAACCACAAAUUCUCCACCGGGAUCUCAAACCCCAGAAUGUCUUGAUUGAUGUCAGAGGGAGGGCAAGAUUAUCAGAUUUUGGCAUCAGCCGACGAUUGCCCAAAGGACAAACAACUUUGCUCACAAGCAGUGCAGGAACCAGAUGCUGGAUGGCCAAAGAGACUUUGGAAGAAGAUGCUAAAAUACCAUACAAGUGCAGCACUGAUAUACAGGUGGCCGGGAUGCUGAUGUAUUACAUCCUCUCUGGAGGACACCAUCCAUUUGGUGGACGCUUUGACUGUGAGAAAAACAUUUACAACGGGACGUACGAUCUGGAACAUGUUAAAGAUGUUGUUACAAAGGAUCUCAUUGAGAGCAUGAUCAAUGCAGAACCAAAGAAGAGACCUUCAGUGGAAGAGUGUUUGGCUCAUCCCUUCUUCUGGUCAAAUGAAAGGAGGAUAGACUACUUGAAAAAGAUUGGUAAUGAGGAGGAGAUUAGGAUGUAUAAACAAGCUUGCCAGAAGCUGCUUGAUGACCUGGACCAACAUGGUGGGGAUAGAUUCUCUGAGUGGAGAAAGAAGCUGCCAUCUGAGUUGCUAGAGAAGGUGGAAGGCAAGAAGAGGACAUACACUGACGACAUCUUGGGAUUACUGCGCUUCAUACGCAACCUCCAUGAGCAUUAUGCUGAGGAUGCAGCCAGUAUUGAUCUGAUGUCGGUGUUUCCUGAUCUCGUUGGAUGUGUCUACAGUUUUGCCAAAAUCCACGGCUGGAAUUCAAGGAUCACCUUGAAAACAUUUUUCAAAAGUGAAGACAAACCCUCUGCUGCUGUAGCAAAGUCAGCAAAUGUUGAAGGAAGUCUCACCGUCCCAGUUCAAGAGUCUGGACUCAAUGACCUGAAGUGAAGUGGAUCAGAAAUGCCAAAAGAGACAAAUCAUGAGUAAUUUUUAUGCAGUUCAGAUGUUGUAAUCCCACAUUUUAAUUGGCCUGUACAUAAAGGUGCAAUUCAGUUUAUAUAUACAAGUCAAUCAUAAUGUCAUAUUCUCCCUGAAAUAGUAUAUACAGCCAUGGUAAGGGCUAAGAAAGAGCUAAGCUGUGCAGUAGACUUUUGCAGUCAAUGUGUUUGGUACAAGUGAGCGCAGAUACAUGGGCAUUUACACCUAGGUUAUAACUAGCGUAUCACACACAACAAAGACACAUGAGGAACUGAAACCCAAACGUGAACAGAUAUUGAAAUGAAACGGGGUCUGCCACCUGCUCAUAAGUGACCUGAGAGUGUUUUCCAGAUUCCAGUGAUUGGAACACACCCCUUUCAGUUCUGCUUCUGAAGGGGGACAUGGUCUUUUGUAUGAUAUAAUUUCCAUAUUUUUAUAUUGCCCUUUCACUCAGGUUUAGCACUGGUUCAUAUUGAGUGCAAUUCAAAAAUAGACGUGGCGAUGAAGUGAAUAAGGGGGUAAGGAAGUUUUUUUGAUGUAGCUAUGGACUGGACAGUUACAGGAGCGGUCUGAACCAGGACCUUCACAGAAUACCAUUAUUGUAGAUAUACUCUGAACUCUUUGAUCAAAGCCCAUUUUUGCAAAUUACCUAAAAGGGUAGCAGAUUUUGAAUGUCAUAAUAUGGGAAUAUGGCAUGAGUGUUGUGUUUUCCUGAUUUUUCCUGGCUUCAUUACAGUUAAGGGAUGCAAUUUUCUGAACAUACUAGAACGUUAUAGCUGUUUUAUUUUUCUGCCUCUAUGUGCUUGGUCAUAAUACUCAUAUUACCAAUAAUAUUCUUUUAUCAGAAAACUUUUGCAUCAUCUAAUAGUCAUCCUGACGGUUUUGUCACAAUAUUGAUAUCGAGUUAUUCUGUCAAAGAUAUUGUGACAUUUGUCUUUGUCCAUAUCCCUCAGCCCUAUUCUGAUGACUUCACCCUUACCUUACAGCAGUGUUUAUAUAAUGGCAUUUGCUAUAAUUUUCAAGCCACUGAUUAAUGUUGGAUGGAUGGCAUGUACUGAAUUUUUUACUAUUGUAUGUAUAUUGUUAUGGUGGCCUAUGCCUUGUUGAUGCAUCUGACAAUUGACCAAUCAAGUGUCUCUGCCUCUUUGGACUGCUGCCUCAGUAUAAAGGGUAAAUAAAAGG